GAACAAAAAGCUCAUAAGCUAUUUUCUAAAAGCUUUUGUAAAGACCACCUGUGUGGCUCUGUCCCUCGAGUUUCCCCAAUCAAGAAGGAUAAUAGACCCACCACCCACAAGGAAAUUUGCAAUCAAAAACCCUAAUUCAAUGAAAAACCCCAAUUCCUACGCCUACGGAACCAGCAACGCAAUCCAAUACCAAGAAGAAGACGAAGAUUCCGAUUCCGAUGAGAACGAAGAAACCCCAGACCAAAACUUCAACCAGAACGGAAACUUCCACAAUUACGACGACUCCAAGCGCCACCCGAAGAAGCGAAAGCUCGAAUCCUUCGUCUCCAAUUACGACGCCGCUCCGCCCCGGAGGGAAAUAUGGAGCGAGGAGGAGAGCUUCGUGCUGCUCGAAGCGUGGGGCGAGCGGUACAUGGAGCUGGGGCGGCGGAGCCUGAGGGGGGAGGACUGGGUCGACCUGGCCGAAAAAAUCGCCGAGAUGAGCGGCGCCGAGAGGACGGAAUUGGGUUGCAGGAAUCAAUUGGACGCCCUAAAAAACAAGUACAAGAAAGAAAGGGCGAAGGUGGAGAUCGGCCACGGCAGCAAGUGGGUGUUCUUCAAGAAAAUGGACGCCCUGUUGAACACGAGGAAUCGGGGCCACUGCGGGUUGGGGUGCGGGGUGGAUUCGGGCGAGUACGUGUUUAUGAACCCGCACGUGUACUUGGAGAGAUCCAAUGUGUUGGAUGAGAUGAGGGAUAGCCCGGGGCAGUCUGACGAGGAUGAUGACGUGGACGACGGUGAUGCGGACGAUUUGGAUGGGGGUGGGGGUGAGGAGGAGGGGGGUGGGGAGUGUGCUAGGUUGUUGGCGGAUUCGAUUCACAAGUUUGGUGAGAUAUACGAGAAGAUUGAGGAGAGUAAGAGGAAGCAAAUGGUGGAGUUGGAGAAUAUGAGGCAGGAUUUUCAGAGGGAGCUCGAGCUGCAGAAGAAGCAGAUUGUCGAGCGUGCCAAUGCCGAAAUUGCUAAAUUACGAGAAAUGGACGAUGACGAGGAUGAUGGCGACGAGGAUGGUGAUGACGAUAAUACGGAUACUUCUGUGGAACAUGGCCACGGGCCCGGUUUGACCCGGACCCGGCCCGGAUCUGCCCCGUUGACCGCCCUAGCGACCACGGACCCGCCCAGGCACGGGUCGGUUUCGGGUCCAGAUAUUGUGGACCCGAGACCCGACGGGUCUACCCGGCGGGGUGGCCCGAGGAACCGUCGGGUGUACCCGGAUUUUGGUUGGGGGAUUCGAACCCGGGUAUCUAGAUGGGUUGAAUUUACCAACACUAACCACUGGGGCAACGAACAUAUUUGA